AUGAUCUGCACUGGCAAAUCUCGUGAUGUUUCAUUAUCACCUAAGGAGGUGCGUGAUAUCCUGCGCAUUAAAUUCGAUUCUUCGAUUGCCCACGAACAGUGGGAUGUCAUUGUGAUUGGUUCAGGUAUGUCAGGAUUGACAGUGGCUAGAGUACUGACAGCCUCAGGUCGUAAAGUAUUGGUAUUAGAACAGCAUGAACGAGCAGGUGGUGCUUGUCAUACAUUUGAAUUAGACAAAUAUGAAUUUGAUGUUGGUUUACAUUUUGUGCAGGAUAUGUAUCCUGGCAAAGAAUUAUAUCAUAUUUGCUCUGCUCUCUCUGAUUCGCAAAUUCAGUGGCAAAAAAUGGAUGAUCCGUUUGACCAUAUAAUCAUUGGACAACGAUCAUAUCAUCGAAAUGUUGGAGAUAGCAAUAAUUUCAGAGAUCAGUUGAAAUCUUGGUUUCCAAAUGAAGUAGAAAAUAUUGAUCAUUAUUUUAGAUAUGUUGCUAAAUGUCUGAAUAUCAAUUUAUGGUGGCUGAUUGCUGCGAAAUUGAUGCCACUACCUUUCAUUCGUGUCAUAUCUUAUUUCGGCUGCAUCAAUUUUUUCACCAGUUUAUUCACAUAUUUAGAAAUGAAAUUGUUGGACGUGAUGAAUAGUUUCAAAUUAAGUGCUGAAGUAAAAACCGUUAUCAGUUAUUAUUUUGUCAAUUAUGGCGUUCCACCGAAUCGUGCAUCAUUUCUCCAACAUCAUUUGUUCUAUAUGGAAAGUGGAUACUAUCCAAUUGGUGGUGCUUCCCGUCUUAUGGCUAGUAUAGUGAGAUCAAUAAAUAAAUUUGGUGGAAAAGUAGUUGUUCAGGCUGAUGUAAAACAAAUUAUCUUUGCUGACGGCAAAGCUGUUGUCGGCUUAGAUGCUGAUUGUUCUCUUCUGCAACUUCAUCCAUUUGCAAAUCUUCAGUAUUUAGGAGUUGCAGUCAAAAGUGGUUCUUCUGAAUAUUUUGUUCAAGCUCCACUGAUUGUUUCCACAGCAUCAAUCGUCAAGGUUUUCAAUGAAUAUAUACCACGGACUAUUGCACAAAAAUCAGCAUUGUUUAAAGUCGUUAACCGAAUUCAGUCAAUGGAAUAUGCCAAAGUUGGAGUAUUCCAAGCAUAUAUUGGCUUGGAUCGCACAUCAGAAGACCUUUGUUUACCAUCCAGUAACUAUUUCUGGUCCAGAAACAACGAUCCUUAUGAAUUUGAUCGAUAUUUAAAUUUGCCAUUGUCAUCAGCUUUGGAAUACGGAUGCCCACCCCAAUUAUAUAUUUCUUUUCCUUCAGCAAAAGAUCCAACAUGGAAUGAGCGUCAUCCAGGUGUUUCAACUUGCCAGCUAAUUUCAUUCAUAAGUCCUCGUUUCUUCGAAAACUUCAAAGUUUCUUCUAAAAAAAAAACCAAAAAACGGUCAAAUUUAGGGGAUUACACUGAACUAAAAUCUCAGAUUGGUCAGAUGCUGGUUGAUCAGUUUUUAAAAAUAUUUCCAAACCUGAAAUCACACAUGGCACUCGUUGAAUUUUCAACUCCAUUAACCCAACAGUAUUAUAUGCAAAAUUCACAUGGUGAAUUUUAUUCCUUAACACAAGAAGUUCAUCGAUUUAGGCUUGAAUUCUGGCAUGAACUACGAUGUAAAACAGAUUUACCUGGUUUAUACCUUUCAGGACAAGAUGUGUUGUUUUGUGGAAUUGGAAGUGCAAUGCAUAGUGGAUUGAUUACAGCUGGAACUAUAUUGGGUCGCAAUUUAAGAAAAGAUUUACAAGAAGCAUGCAGAGCUCAAAUGCUUUUGAUGGAUAAACAAAAGUAA